CAUAAUAUGAUAUAGUGAUUUUUUAAAAUGAGUAGUAAUAAUAACAGUUCGAGUGCGUCAUCGCAAUUUCUUCAAGUGCCUAGGGCCGAUGGUCAGGAAGCUUCUACUUCUAGACGAAGAUUUACAGGAAUUAUUCCAAUACGUAGGCAUUCGAUUGAAAGUAGACUUGGUACUGUAUUUUUUGAACAAAGCAGGCCUACUAGUAAAUCUACAAUAAUAUCACCUUUUGAGUUUACACGGAAUCAAGAUCCUUUAUUAAGAUUAAGAGUGAUUGCUGGACAUUCACUUGCAAAGAAAGAUAUUUUUGGUGCAAGUGAUCCUUAUGUAAGGAUUGAAUUAAAUACUAUAGUUGGAAAUGUUUCAGUAGAUUCAGUUUUAACAAAAACAAAAAAAAAGACAUUAAAUCCAGUAUGGAAUGAAGAAUUCAUAUUUCGAGUACGACCACAUGAACAUAAAUUAGUAUUGCAAGUAUUUGAUGAAAAUCGAUUAACUAGAGAUGAUUUUCUUGGGAUGGUCGAAGUACCAUUGAAUAAUGUACCUAAAGAAAUAAUUGGCAGAAAUAUUUGUAGCCUGCAUUAUAUUUUAAAACCAAGAAGUGCAAGAUCAAAAGUAAAAGGUUAUUUAGAGCUAUAUAUUGCUUACGCCCCUGAACAAGAACCUGGUAUUUCUGGUCGUUUACCUGUUGAUGGUGACUGGGAAGUAAUUGAAAAUGCUGAUGUUUCAAAUGCUUCUCAUGUUUCUUCUCCUUAUACACCAAAUGCUAUUGAAUCAAGUACUGCAUUACCAUCAGGCUGGGAAGAAAGACAAGAUGCUAAUGGUAGGACAUAUUAUGUUAAUCAUUUAGCAAGAUCUACACAAUGGGAGAGACCAACAGUAACAGAUCAAUCUGAUGUCAACUCGAUUCAAAAUUUAGCCUUAGCUGCUACUGAAUUUGAAAGACGAUAUCAUAUCAGUGUAGAUACACCAGAAUCUGACAAAGGAGACCCCACUAAAAAAAAAGGUGCUGAAAGUGAUGCUGAUGAUGAAAGUGAUGAAGGUUAUGAAGAAUCAGAUCCACUUACUAGUAUUAGUAGAAGACUUUCCAAUUUAUCGAAAUCUGGUGAUCAAAAUCAGCAUGAUCACGUAGAUUCAAAUUUAAGUGAACAAAGCAAUGAAACAGCAACAAGAAUUUCACACGACAAUUUAACUAUUUCAGAAGGAUCCGAUGGUUUACCAAAAGGUUGGUCUAUGCAAGUAGCCCCAAAUGGUAGGACAUUUUUCAUUGAUCAUAAUACUAGAGCUACGACUUGGGUAGAUCCUAGGACUGGCCGUGCUAGUUCAAUGCCUAAUCAAAAUCAACCACCUGCAGCUGAUCAUAUAGUUUCCACUUCAACUUACAACGAUGAACUUGAACCAUUACCUGAAGGUUGGGAAGAAAGAGUUCAUGCCGAUGGAAGAAUUUUUUUCAUAGAUCACAAUACUAGAACUACACAAUGGGAGGAUCCUAGGUUGAACAAUCCUAAAAUUGCUGGUCCUGCAUUACCUUAUUCGCGAGAUUACAAAAGGAAAUAUGAAUCACUUAAAACUAGACUGAGCAAAAUGGCUCAUGGACCACCAGCUAAAAUGGAAAUCAAAGUUCGUCGCUCUAAUAUAUUAGAAGAUUCCUUUCGCAUUAUAAAUUCAAUGAAUCCAGAUAAAUUAAGAGCUAAGCUAUGGGUUGAAUUUGAACAAGAAGUUGGUUUAGAUUAUGGAGGAUUAGCUAGAGAAUGGUUUUUCCUUUUAUCAAAAGAAAUGUUUAAUCCUUACUAUGGUCUUUUUGAAUAUUCAGCUAUGGAUAAUUAUACAUUACAAAUUAACGCUAUGUCUGGUUUAUGUAAUGAAGAACACCUUCACUAUUUUAAGUUCAUAGGCACUGUAGCUGGAAUGGCAGUUUACCAUGGAAAAUUGUUAGACGCAUUUUUCAUUCGCCCCUUUUAUAAAAUGAUGUUAGAAAAGCCAAUCGAAUUGAAGGAUAUGGAAAGUGUUGAUUCAGAGUAUUAUAACUCAUUACUGUGGAUUAAAGAGAAUGAUCCAUCUGAAUUAGACCUUACUUUUUCAUUAGAUGAAGAUAGCCUUGGUCAUACAUCUCAUCGAGAAUUGAAACCUGAUGGCGCUAACAUUCACUUAACACAAGACAAUAAAGAUGAAUAUAUAAGUCUUGUAAUUCAGUGGAGAUUUGUAUCUCGCAUACAAGAACAAAUGAAUGCUUUUCUUCAAGGAUUUGGUUCCAUAGUACCUCUUAGUUACAUAAAAAUAUUUGAUGAACAUGAAAUGGAACUUUUGAUGUGUGGUAUACAAAAUAUUGAUGUAAAAGAUUGGAAAGAAAAUACACAUUAUAAAGGAGAUUAUUCCCCAAAUAACAUUGUAAUUCAAUGGUUUUGGAGAGCUGUUUUAUCAUUUAACAAUGAAAUGAGAUCUCGUCUUUUACAAUUUGUCACUGGUACAUCAAGAGUUCCAAUGAACGGAUUCAAAGAAUUAUAUGGCAGUAAUGGCCCACAGUUAUUUACAAUAGAACGAUGGGGUACAAAGGAUAAUUAUCCUAGAGCACAUACAUGCUUCAACAGACUAGAUCUUCCGCCUUAUGAAAGUUAUCAUGAAUUAAGAGGAAAACUUAUAAAAGCUAUUGAAGGCUCACAAGGUUUUGCUGGUGUUGAUUAGUAUGUAAAUUUGUUUUAUUUACACAAAGUUACCUUACUACCAAAACUAAAAUAUGUUGUAAAACACAUUUAACCCUUAUAAUGAUUAUAUGUGAUAUAUGACUUACUUUUUAACUUAAUUAUUGUAAUGAAUCAUUCCUGUAUGUAGAAUAUAAUAGUUCUG